UUGUGAGCUUACCCUGGGAUGGACAUUUCGACUCGACAAUGUCAAACUAAUCCUCCAAUAAUUGACCCAAACACCCAUCUAUCCAGCGUUCUUGAAGCUCACUCCGAUUCUUACGCCCUCCUCAGAACGAAGCCACUCCUCAAGAUCCACCCCAUCAGCUCAAGAUGGCUUCCCCAACCUAUAAAUACUUCUUAGUCACCCAACCCUCUCCCUACGUCUGCCAUGUACAGAUCAACCGCCCGCAGAAAUUAAAUGCCUUCUACGAGGAAAUGUGGCUAGAAUACAAGACCAUCUUCGACACCCUCUCGCAUUCUCCCGACGUUCGAGCCAUAGUCCUCUCCGGCGCUGGAGACCGAGCAUUUACUGCUGGUUUGGACGUAGAAGCCGCAAGCCAGUCCGGCAUAUUAGCACAAUCGGCGGAAGAGAAAGACGUGGCUAGGAAAGCAACAUCUAUCAAGAGACAUGUUGAAGAGUUUCAGGCUUGUAUAAGUAGUGCAGAGAAGUGUGAAAAACCUGUUAUAUGCGUGAUGCAUGGUUUUGCAUUUGGGCUUGCUAUCGACAUUUCUACCUGCGCCGACAUUCGAAUCUGCAGUUCCGACGUGAAAUUCGCCGUUAAGGAAGUCGAUAUUGGUCUGGCAGCAGACAUAGGAACACUUUCCCGCCUUCCGAAGAUAGUAGGCAACUUUUCGUGGAUUAAGGACGUCGCAAUGUCGGCCCGAGUAUUUGGCGCAGAAGAAGCAUACCGUGUGGGGUUCGUCAGUCAAGUUCUAGAGACCAAGCAGAAAGCUGUCGAGGCUGCUUUGAAGAUGGCCGAGUUGCUGGCAACGAAGAGUCCGGUCGCGGUCCAGGGGACGAAAGAAUUAUUGAAUCACGCAAGGGAUCACAAUUUGGCUGAUUCGUUGAGAUAUACUGGGGUGUGGAAUUCGGCGGCUCUCCAAACGAGCGAUGUUGAGAGAGCCAUGCUUUCUGGACUGAAAAAGACCAAGCCCAGAUUCGAAAAGUUAUAAAAUUUUAAAUGUAUUCUGCAGGAACAAUUCGCCGGCACAAAUUUCUCUUUUCUCCAACAAAUUUUUUCCCCUGAGAGGAUAUCAUCCGAAAACAGUUUUGGU